AUGAUGUCUGCUAACAAAGAAUGGCCUGAAUUGGUUGGAAAGACAUUCGACGAAGCAUCGAAAGUAAUUCGCCAAUAUAACGACAAUUUAAAUCCAUAUAAUGCACCACAUGGUAUAGAAAAUCGAAUGUUUGAUCCGCACCGUGUUGUAUGUGUAACAGAUGGCAAUGGUAUUGUCACAAAAGCACCCAGUUACCAAUGUCGAUACUAA